AUGGAGAUCUCAGAAGAAACUGUUGAAAAGAUUCAGAAAUUUGUCCAGAGCCGACAGGCAGCCGAGAAAGAAGCCUCCCAAGAGCCGUUUAGCGCAACGGCCUUGCAUGCCUAUGCGCGACGCCUCGAUGGGACCUUACAGCAGCUCCAAGAGCAAGUUCGACGACAAGAAGAUGAAUUAAAUAAGCUUCGGGAAAGUCGUGGUUCCCAUGGUCUUUUGGACAAUAGUGACGGCCCUUGGAUGCGCGUUUCCCAGGCACGACGCGCAAAAAAGGCGUACCAAUCCCUGGUUCUAGCCGAAGAUGACCUGCCAACAACAGACUCUGUCUUGCCUUCACUAAUCGCUACCGAAGAUACCUCCCAGCUCAUCGAGGAGGGCAAAUUGUCCAUUCUGGUUACCGCAGACAGACUGUCUGCAGAUCGCGAGCGUUUCCGUAUCGAAGAAGCCAAUCUUCGGGAUUCGCGCGCAAUCUCGGCUGGCCUUCGAGAGCGAAUCCAACGGAUACGCAAUGCCAAUUCACGGAAGCAGGAGCAGACACCUUCCCAAGUAGCCCGGGAGGUUGUUCGAGAACAGAAAAGGAAGAACAAAGGCCUGGAUCAUGCAUCCGAGGAGCUCAAAAAGUCGUUGGAUAAGUUCAUCGAUGAGUCGCUGGCACAAAUGCUCGCAGCCGAAGACCUUGGCGGUCCCACGGUUGGUGACGCCCUGGAGGUGUCGGACGCGACAUUGAAAGCGGGCUAUACAGCACAUGGGAAACCGAAGAAACCGAAAGAGCCCGUUGAACAAGAUGGGAAUCAACAACGAAUCGACCAGUUCCUUCGUCGCAGUACUGAUGGCUCAAACCCCGCAAACAAACGAGAAGCUGCGGCGACGGAGGCGCAUGAACUGCUCGAUGCCUUGCUUGAAGCCGGUACUUCGUAUAUUGAUUUGAAAAGGGAUUCAGCAGCCUCCCGGUUCCUUGUGCGAGCCAAAGUGGCUCAGUUCCACCCGCGAGAUGCACGGCGCUUACGACUGAUUGAUUUUGGCCGAUCACUCGGUGAUUAA